UACGGACUAAUGCCUUCGCCCAUAUGUUUGGUGGAGAAUGUGAACGGAUCACUCAGUGUCUGUAAGGAUGCCAUUGAGUUCCUGAGUAGGAUCAGUGAGCCGGUGGUGGUGGUGUCUGUGGUGGGACUCUACCGUACAGGGAAAUCUUACCUUAUGAACCGCCUGGCGGGACAACAGUCAGGCUUUGCUCUCGGCAAUACUAUCGAGUCGAAAACCAAAGGCAUCUGGAUGUGGUGUGUCUCGCACCCCUAUAAAGAAGGACACACUCUGGUGCUGCUGGAUACAGAGGGACUUGGUGAUGUGGCCAAAGGAGACUCUAAGAAUGACGGCUGGAUCUUCUGUCUGGCUGUUCUGCUCAGCAGCACUCUGGUGUACAACAGCCGCGGCACUAUUGAUAACACUGCAGUGGAAAAGCUACAAUAUGUUGUUGAACUCACUGAGCAGAUCAAGAUCAGAUCGACAAAUGCAGCAGAUGAGGAGGAAGAGGAGGAUUGUAAGUUUGUGCAGUUUUUCCCAUCAUUCACCUGGGUCGUGAGAGACUUCACCUUGGAAUUGGUAAUUGAUGGAAAGAGGGUGACUGAGGACGAGUACCUUGAUUUUGCUCUCCAGCUCAAGAAAGGUGUGAGCAAGAAAGUCAGUGACUACAACCUGCCUCGUCAAUGCAUCCGAAACUAUUUCCCGUCCCCCAGGAAGUGUUUUGUGUUCCCUUCUCCAGCCUCACCUGAAAACAUGACACGUUUAGAAAGCUUGCAAGAACGGGACCUUGUACCCGGUUUUCUGAAGGUCACGGGACGUUUUUGUGAACACAUCUUUCACAAUAGUGUCGUGAAAACAGUGAAAGGAGGACACAGAGUUACUGGCAAAUUGCUCGGACAUCUGGUUGAGAUUUAUGUAGACACAAUCAACAGUGGUAAGGUGCCCUGUCUGGACAAUGCAGUUGUUGCUCUUGCAAAUCUAGAGAACCAGACAGCUGUUCAAGAAGCUCUGAAAGCGUAUCAGAUUGGGAUGGAAAAGGUGAAGAACAAGUUCCCAGUAGGUGUGGAUGAUAUUUCCUCCGAGCACCAGAAGUUCAGCAGUCUGGCCACCGCUGAGUUUAUGAAAGGCUCCUUUAAAGAUGAAAAAGGAGAAUACCUGAAAAAACUGAUGGCCGAGGCUGUGCUGAACGAGUUUCUGAAAGAGCGAGGACCAGAAGCAAACUGCAUCCUCCACAUGGACACAAAACUCACUGAAAAUGACAGAAAGAUUCAGGAGGAAAAGGAAAAGAAUGCUCUGCUGGAACAGAAGUUUAAAGAGGAAGAGGAGAAACGCAUUGAGAGUGAGCGAAUGAUGAAGGCAGAGAAAGAGCGGCAGGAGGACCAAAUGAGGCAGAUGCAGGAGAAGUUCAACAAGGAGCUGGAGCAGCAGCAGCAGGAGAUGGACAGAGCCAUUGAGAGCAAGCUGAAUGAGCGGGAGGAGAUGAUAAAGAAAGGCUUUAGUGAGAAAGCUGAUCUCCUGAAUGAAGAGAUAACAAAUCUAAAAAAGGGAAUUUCUGGUGGUUUCAUGAAGGACUAUGUGAUGCCUAUUUUAAGAGCUGUGGCAGAAAUCCUUCCAACUGUUCUUAAUUAUAGAGUGAUGAUGAAAGGACUCAAAGUAGAGUGACCUUUUCCAGGCAAAUCAGUGUUGCAUCACAGAUUGAUUGAUUUAUUCAUUUAGCUAACAAGACACAAAGUAGGCUUUUAUUUAGUAGGACUGUGUUUUGUUAAUGAGUAGUGUCCUAAUUCACAUGUACUGUAUACUGUGUAAUAAAAGUAUGUACUAUGUUGCUGGUGGUGGGAGUUUCAGAAUCUCACUGGAUUUAGUAGGUCGUCUGGGUACUUUUCACUACUGUUUUUCAAAUGCUAUUAAUUCUGAUAUACUAUCAGGCCCUUCCUAACGGAGCAUGCAGCACAACUUCUUGUCCAGGCCCUUGUCAUUUCUAGGCUGGACUACUGCAAUCCUCUUCUGGUUGGAUUUCCAUCAAACACAAUCAAACCUCUACAAAUGAUUCAGAAUGCAGCGGCACGACUGCUCUUCAACGAGCCCAAAAGGGCCCACAUCACACCUCUCUUUAUCUCUCUGCACCAGCUUCUGGUUGCAGCUCGCAUGAAGUUCAAGACAUUGAUUCUUGCUUCUAGAACAGCGACAGGCUCAGCACCCUCCUACUUCCACUCACUUUUGAGAAUCUACUUCCCCUUCAGAUGUCUGAGAUAUACAAGUCAGCGACACCUCGUGGUGCCAUCACAGAGAGGCACAAAAUCACUUCCCUGAACAUUUUCGUUCACUGUUCCUGUCUGGUGGAAUGAUCUUCCCACAUCUAUCCAGAACCCCACCCCACACAGUUAUUUAACCAAACUGAAUCAGCAAUGAACUAAC